AUGGCGACAGCAGAGCUGUACCACACUGUGCCAGGCUGCUGGAGUUUUACCAGGUGCAUGCUGGGAGCUGGCCAAGCCGAAUUCCUGCCGGCUGCUCGGAGGCUGUUCACAGGUUCCUCGUCUCCUGAGGUCCAGCCGACACGACCACGACCAGAGGGGACAAGUCCUCCAGGGACAAGUCCUCCGGGGACAAGUCCUCCGGCUGCACUGAUCCACUUCCACUGGGACCUGAUCCACUUCCACUUGGACCUGAUCCACUUCCACUGGGAACUGAUCCACUUCCACUGGGACCUGAUCCACUUCCACUGGGACCUGAUCCACUUCCACUGGGAACUGAUCCACUUCCACUGGGACCUGAUCCACUUCCACUGGGACCUGAUCCACUUCCACUGGGACCUGAUCCACUUCCAUUGGGAACUGAUCCACCUCCACUGGGACCUGAUCCACCUCCACUGGGACCUGAUCCACUUCCACUGGGAACUGAUCCACUUCCACUGGGACCUGAUCCACUUCCACUGGGACCUGAUCCACUUCCACUGGGACCUGAUCCACUUCCACUGGGACCUGAUCCACUUCCACUGGGACCUGAUCCACCUCCACUGGGACCUGAUCCACUUCCACUGGGACCUGAUCCACUUCCACUGGGACCUGAUCCACUUCCACUGGGAACUGAUCCACUUCCACCGGGACCUGAUCCACUUCCACCGGGACCUGAUCCACUUCCACCGGGACCUGAUCCACAUCCACUGGGACCUGAUCCACUUCCACUGGGACCUGAUCCACUUCCACUGGGACCUGAUCCACUUCCACUGGGACCUGAUCCACUUCCACUGGGACCUGAUCCACUUCCACUGGGACCUGAUCCACUUCCACCGGGACCUGAUCCACUUCCACCGGGACCUGAUCCACUUCCACCGGGAACUGAUCCACUUCCACCGGGACCUGAUCCACUUCCACCGGGACCUGAUCCACUUCCACCGGGACCUGAUCCACUUCCACCGGGACCUGAUCCACUUCCACCGGGACCUGAUCCACUUCCACCGGGACCUGAUCCACUUCCACCGGGAACUGAUCCACUUCCACCGGGACCUGAUCCACUUCCACCGGGACCCGAUCCACUUCCACUGGGACCCGAUCCACUUCCACUGGGACCCGAUCCACUUCCACCGGGACCCGAUCCACUUCCACCGGGACCCGAUCCACUUCCACUGGGAGCUGAUCCACUUCCACUGGGAACUGAUCCACUUCCACUGGGAACUGAUCCACUUCCACUGGGACCUGAUCCACUUCCACUGGGACCUGAUCCUCACUGAGCAGAGAAAUGUUCAUGUGUUAGAAACCCUUCACCUCUGUGCAGAAAUGUCUCUUCUGUCCGUCCUGCUGCCUCUGACAGUGCCUCACCCGAUCUCCUGCGUGACCCGGGGAGCCGACCUGACGGAGGACGGGGGGGUGCUGCUCUGUCCCCCUGACUGCACCCAGGGGGGGGGGUCUGUGUUCGGGACGGGAGUCUACGCCUCCGUCUCCUCCGUCUGUGCAGCUGCUGUCCACAGGGGGGCGCUGGGUCCGUCCGGAGGUCCCGUCCGGGUCCACAAGCUGCAGGGACGUCACAACUACAUGAGCUCCUUCGCCCACGGCAUCCAAUCACAGCCUCUGAGCCAGUGGAGCUCCUCCUUCAGCCUCACCAAGCCUGUGAGUGUUCCAUCAGAGCUGACCAGUGUCACCAGCAGCACAGCUCUACCUGCAGUGAAGAAGCCUCAGAAGAAGCCCUCAGUGAAGAAAGCUCUGACAGGUGGAAAUAAAGACUGUCAGAUCGACAUCGCCAUGGUGAUCGACAGCAGUAACAACAUUGGACAGCGAAGGUUCAACUUGCAGAAGAACUUUGUCGUCAAGCUGGUCUCCAUGUUGAGGGUGGGACCGACUGGACCACAUGUGGGCCUGAUACAGGCCAGUGAUUCUCCCCAGACAGAGUUCCUUCUCACCAACUACACUCAACCGAAAGAGCUGAUGUUUGCCAUCAAGGAGGUGUCUUACCUGGGAGGAAACACCAACACAGGUAAAGCCAUCAUGCAGGCAGCAGAGAGCUUCUUCCUCCAGGAGAACGGAGGGAGGCGUGGCCACCCGCGGGUGAUGAUGGUGCUGCUUGACGGUUGGCCAUCUGACGACCUGGAGCAGGCGGCCAUAUUGGCACGCGAGUCCGGCAUCAACGUCUUCCUGGUUUCCGUGGCCAAGCCGGCGCCGGAGGAGCUCGCCAUGGUGCGAGACAAGGACUUUAUGAAGAAGGCGGUUUGUAAAGAUAACGACUUCUUCAGUUACCUGAUCCCCGGCUGGUUCAGCACCACCAAGCACGUGAGACCCCUCAGCCAGAGACUCUGCUCGCUGGACGCCCUGCUGUGCAGUAAAACUUGCUACAACUCGGUGAACAUCGGUUUCCUGAUCGACGGCUCGUCCAGCGUCGGCGAGGGGAACUUCCAGCUGGUCCUGGACUUCCUGGUCGGAAUCACCCGGAGCUUCGACGUGUCGGACGUGGGCGCUCGCAUCGGUGCGGUGCAGUUCACCUACGAGCAGCGGCUGGAGUUCGGCCUGUUCGACCACGGGGACAAGGAGGAGGCGGUCCGCGCCCUGAAGGGCAUCCACUACAUGAGCGGGGGGACGUCCACGGGGGAGGCCAUCAGCUACACCGCCAACAAGCUGUUCAGACGAACGGGACCCGGACGCAACUUCCUCAUCGUGGUGACAGACGGCCAAUCGUACGAUGACGUGAGGCGCCCGGCGCUGGAGGCCCAGAAACAAGGCAUCACCAUUUACUCUGUGGGCGUGGCCUGGGCCCCCCUGGAUGACCUCAGAGCGAUGUCAUCGGAGCCCAAAGACGGACACACCCACUUCACCAGAGACUUCACCGGCCUCACGGAGUUCAUCCCUCUGAUCGUCAAGGGGAUCUGCCGAGACUUCACCGAGAGCAACUGA